AUGUCUCUUCAGCCAACGGCUACCGAGGUUGGUACCAUGUACGACCAAUAUACCAGCCUCUUAACAGACGUUAUGGCGGGAUUUAUCCAUGUUGGCUAUUGGGAUGACCCUGAAAGAGAGGACACGAUAGAGGUAGCCACUGAGCGGUUGACUCGUGAAAUCGGCGAGCGACUCUCCUCUGUUCGGGGUCAGCGUAUCCUCGACGUUGGCUGUGGCACUGGUAAAUCGGCGGUGCAAAUCGCCACUGCCCACGAUGUUCACAUUACUGGCAUUACUGUCAGCAACCACCAGAUUGAACUUGCCCAGUCUCAGUACGAAAGCAACACGAAAGCUGGACAAGUCAAUUUCCUAUUCGCUAAUGCCAUGGACCUCCCGUUUGCUGAUGCCUCCUUUGAUGGCGCAUAUGCCAUCGAGUCUCUGGUGCAUAUGGACGAUAGACGCACUGCCCUUACAAAUAUCGCACGGGUACUUCGUCCCGGCAGCCGACUAGCUAUUGCAGACCUGUUUCUCGAUGCGGGCUGCCCCAAUCCCGAGGUGCUGGCGCGCUUCCACGAACUCUUUCAGGUCCCACCCAUGCCUUCCGGCGAUGACCUCAAAGCUCUCCUGCACCAGACAGGCUUCAAGGUCAUUGAAUUCACCGAUAUUCGAGAUACGUCCGGCCUGUCUGCAAAUUUUUAG